AUGAAAAUCGAAGAUCCUGCAAAUGGAAUUUAUUCAAUCAAAAAUAAAAUUAUACAAAUAGCAGUUGAACCGAAGAAAGCAUUUUAUAAUGAGCCAAGGAGAAUACUCAGAUUGCUUAGAUUUGUCUCAAUUCUAGGUUUUAGUGUUUCUCAAGAGAUUAUUGAUGCAUUAUUGGAAAUUGAUGAAAAUAACUUUAAGAAAAAAGUUCCCUCAGCAAGAAUCGGAUUAGAGUUAAUGAAAAUGCUAAAUGGAGCUUAUUUUCAGAAAGUUUUUCCGAUUUUAUUAAAUUCACUUUCAAAUUUAUUUGGAAUGAUCUUUGACAUAGAUGGGAUAUACAAAUUAAACGCAAUUGAAGCAUUUCAUCGCGUAAUUAAGAUUAAAACACCAAAUAAUGCUCUGUAUUUUGGUGCAAUCUAUCUUCCACUAAAAGAUUCUAAGUACAAGUUAAGUGGUGUUUGUAAGAAGUAUCAAAUUCCUAAUGUUUUUGCAGUUGAAGGAAGAAGAUUUUUCUAUGCUUCUCAAAUCUUUGAUGAUCAAGGCCAGAUCGAACUCACCAGAUAUUCUGCGGGGAAAAUUUUAAUAGAAUUGGGACAAAACUGGAAACUUGCAUCUGAAAUUCUUCAAACUGAAUCUGGGCAAAAAUUAUUUUCUCAAUUUUCAGAAUUCGUCAUCAAUGAGGGUAUGGAAGAUGCAUGGAGCACAAAACCAUUCUUUUCAAAUAGAGAGCUUAUUGGAAUUCAUGGAAAAUCAGUUAAUCCUUCUUCAAUUAAUAAAUUAGGCGAUUCUUUAUUAAGAUGGCAAUUAGAAAAUCCAUCAAAAAGUAAAUCUGAUUACAUACAAUAUGUCAAAACCUUAAAUUCAGAUACAAGUAGUAAUGAUCCCAAUUGA